GCCCCGGGAGCCAGGGGAAGGACCGGCCUGGCUUGAGGCACGGACAGGCUCUGCCCCCUCCCGGCCAAUGGAUGCUGAGCUCUGCCAGGAAGGUUAAAUGAAGCAGGUGCAGACUGCAGGCAGCGUGGAGUGAGGGGUCAGUCCCCGGCUGCUGACAUGGGGACCUGUCACAUCUCCACUUAGCCCAGGCGGGACCCCGCCUCUCUGUUGGCAUGACCCAGAGCCUGCUGAAGCGGGUUUUGGCCCAGGCCAUGUCACUACUGUUCUUUGCCACCGGUUGAUGGGAAUAGUCCCUAUCUUUUUAGUUAGACUGGUCAGUGGCGGACCCUGAUCCAGAAAACCUUUGUGCGGGUGGAUAAUUGUACUGUCUAUGCUGGGAAGAUGCAACAUCCAAAAACAUGGAAAAUCCAAAGUGUAUCAAGGUGUUCGAGUAAAGAUCACUGUGAAAGAGUUAUUGCAGCAGAGGAGAGCACGACAAGCAGCAACUGAUGCCACUGUUUCCCGAGGCAGCAGCGGUGUCCAGUUUCCAGAAUCUGUUUCUCCUCCCUGCACAGCACCUUAUUUUGACGCAGAACCUGUCUCUUCUGCCCCCAACUAUUUCCAGCCACGGCAGUUUCCAAAUUGCAUUUCCUGUGAAGAAAACCCAAGUUAUUUGGAGCAACUUGUCGAUACCUAUCUUCAGACAGAGCCGCCCAUGGACCCAUCCCUGAGUGCUCUACAGGCAUCUCCCCAUUAUAACCCAGACACCUUCCAGUCAACUCCUCUCUGCUUUAACCAGAGCCUGGUUCCUGGAUCUCCUGCCUCGUCUGACCUGUCCAGCCCAUUAGACUAUAGCUACUCCCCACCUCAGCUGCCUCCUUUUCCUCCACUGAACUACAGCCCUCUUUCUCCUAUAGACACCACGAACUACGGCUACCCUCUAGAGGAAUGCUCACAUCCGCAGUACAGCUGCUCCCCCUCGGCCUGUUACUGCUCAUCCUGUGCCUCAGAGCACUUGGAUACAUUCAGAGUAUCAGAAUAUUUCCCCUACCCAAGUGCAGACUGUAUGGACUGUCCUGGCACCAUGACAAUGGCAGAUGACUUCUUUAGGAGGGAUAGAAACUACGACAUCUGCUACAGUUAAUGGAGAUGAUGGUUUUAUAUAUAUGUACAUACGUACAGGUAUCCAAAUCAGCUAACGGCUUAUGAACUAUGCAAAACAUCAUUGUCUAACACAAAGUUCAGUUUACUCUACAUUACUUAGCCUGGUAUGCUCCAGGUGUUAAUUUAGUCCUCCCG